AUGUUCGACAUACGAAUCAAUCUGAUUGUGCUAAGCAUCUUUGCUGCUUUACUUGUACAAGUGGCGAGCAAUACUCAAUAUCCUAAUAUUGAUGAAGAUACGGGUUGUCCGUUGAAUGUUGAUCAUGAAUGUAAUUUAUGCGCUACAGAUCAAAAUCGUUUUGGAUGUUAUUGUGAACUGGAUGAUGGCGAUGCAAUUGUAACAGCGAAUGUUUUCACACCUUGUCCAGCUGACAUUCGCGAUCCUUGUAGUAAUCAUUCAUGUAAAAAUGGUGCAGCAUGUGUUCGUGAUGGUUUAACGAGUUAUCGCUGUAAUUGUACAUCUGGCUUUGGUGGAGAAUUUUGUAAUGAAACAUUACCAAAAUGUUCCGAUGCUAAUAUUCGAUGUCGCAACUCGGAGUGUGUAGAAACAGGCGAUCCCAGUAUACCUGUUUACUGCAGAUGCUACGAUGGAACACGACGUGAUCCACGAUUAAAUGACACAUGUCCAUUCAGUCCCUGUUAUGAGAGAGAAACUGACACUCCUGUAUGUAAAAAUAACGGUACAUGUCGAAUUGUGAAUAAUGCACAUGUCUGUGAUUGUACGGGAGGUUUUGCUGGACAAAACUGUACGAAGACACUCAAAAGACCGCUUUGCGAGGACGUUCCAGGUGUUUGUGGAGUAGGUAUAUGCCAACAAUCGCUGACACCGCCUUACUAUUCGUGUAAUUGCGGUAAUUAUCCAAGUACAUUUGGUAAAAUCAUCACCGAUUUAACGAAAUGCGAAGAAAGUGGUUGUCAUGCACAAAAUCCAUGUCAAAAUGGUGGCACAUGCAGUAACAAAGGCAAAGGCGCUUUUCUGUGUCAAUGUCCAUCGCGUUACACUGGUGUUAAAUGUGAAAAACAAUCUGCCUGUUUCAACAAUCCAUGUUUGAAUGGCGGUGUGUGUGAAGCAUUUAAUGAUACCGCCUAUUUCUGUACAUGUCCAGCACACUUCACUGGUGCACGAUGUGAUUUAGUUAUACCUGAUCCAUGUCAAUCGAAGAAUUGUGGUCCUUAUGGCGAAUGCCGCGAUAUUCAUGGUACUGCUGUAUGUCAGUGCAGUGAUGGAUUUCAUCAUAAUAACGAGCCUUGUGAAAAUCCAUGUUUGGGUAAAAAUUGUGGUCCUGGCGUUUGUACAGAAAAGAAAAAUUCAACUUAUGAAGCUGUUUGCGCUUGUCCAGUACAUCGUAAAGGAGACUCAUGUGAAUUACCGAAUGAUAAAUGUCGAGAAGCUCCACGAUGUGGUGGAGGCUAUUGCAAACCGAAUUAUGCAUCUGCUCGUGGUUAUUCAUGCGUUUGCGAAGGUGGUAUCGUCAAAGUGGAACCAUGUCCAUUUUCCAAGAGCUGUCCAAUCAAAGACUGUGGUACGAAAGGUGUCUGUGUCGAAACCGAUGGUAUUAUUGUACCACCAAGUAACAGGCCAAUCUACUACGUUUGUUCCUGCAAGGAAGGAUACAUCAGUUCUGGAAGUUGUGAUGAUGUACUCGGUGCACAAAUGGCAACAGCUCAAGGACGUUGUGGCCCAACAGGUAAACCGUAUCCAAGUCGUAAUCCAAAUAAUCCAUUUGGAUGCUGGUGUAACAACGGCACACACAUCCCAGAAAUUGAUGCAGAUGGUCCAGCACAAUAUUGUGUUUAA